AUGGGCAAUUUACUAUGCAAAUUUCAUACCUGGCUCCGCCACCGCCACCGGCCCCACCGCCCGCCCCGCCGUGGGGCCCCGGUGGGCUGUCACCCGCUGGUUUUGCCCUCCUGGGAGGCUGCCACAUCUGACCGGGACCACCCUGCUGCUCCAGCGCCUGCCAUCUGCCCUGAGCAGGGAGUCAACGUCAGGAAGCUGGUACCAUCCAGUCACCUCCCACUGAGGAGACGGGGGCUGGGGAAAACAGGGGCAGAAUGGAAAAUGACAGCCUGGGAAGGAGGUGAGAAGAGGGAGGUGAAGGCCCCAUCCCAUGCCAUGGUGUCCUCUGCCCCAACCGCAUGCUGCUCCCUGCUGCUGGAGAAGCCAACAAAAAAGGUGCUGGGUGAAGACCACCGGCCCAGAUCACCAGGCUCACCGAUGUCUGGGAAGGAGCUGCAGCGUGAAGAGUCUUCACGCAUCCCAACAAGAAGCUCCUCUUCCCUGCUAUCUACCAGCAGUAGGCCCUGGAAGCGGAAGAUUCCCCUGCCGCUUUUUCUGCCGCUGCCAAGGCUGAGGUCGCCCCCGUCGGGGAACGAGGCACUGACAUGGGAUCGAGGUGAGCUGCCCCCUCCUCCUAAGCUUCUGUGCUUAGCUGCUGCCAAAAACCCAGGCACCUUGGAGAAGAACAUUCAGUGUCGCUGGAAAAAGAUCCCCAAGAAUAUAAGGAAGGUCCAGCCACCGUCCCAUGAAAAAGAACCCCCAACACCCAUCUGUGUAGCUCCUACCCCUCCUUUAUACUCACCUACCCCUCUUCCAGCCCCUACCAUCGAUCCCCCUAUUGUAACUGGGCAGCCCAUGACUUCUGUGGCAAUCCCUUCCACCAGCAUGGUCACGGCAUCUGGAAGUGUGACCUUGCAGCCUAGUGUCUACACGGACACUGCUGCCCCUUCCCAAGCUGUCAUUGUUAGGUCUCCCCCAGGUUUCAGGGUGGAGCAGAGGCACCCUGCAGGGGUACCAGUGUCCAUCACCCCACCUGUGCCGAUGGUCCCCUGCGCCACCCCAAUUUUUAACCAUCCCUUUGGCCCCCAAACCAACCCUCAGCCCAUAUUUGGGACCUCUGAUGGGCAGCAGAGGGCCUCUCUCCCUGGUGCUCCUGUUUUCUCCAGCCGCCCAUUUACGGCUUCAGCUCCUGUUUUCCCCAGCCCCCCAUUUAUGGCUUCAGCUCCUGUUUUCCCCAGCCCCCCAUUUACAGCUUCGGCUCCUGUUUUCCCCAGACCCCCAUUUACGGCUUCAGCCGUCAUUGGUGCUUCAGCAGGCAGCAGCUCUGACACCAAACCUAUGGACACUACACCUCCUUCCCAGGCUGUCAUUUUCCAUUCGGCUCCUGUUUUCCCCAGCCCCCCAUUUACGGCUUCGGCCGUCACCAGUGCUUCAGCAGGCAGCAGCUCUGACACUGUACCUAUGGACACCACACCUCCUUCCCAGGCUGUCAUUUUCCAUUCGGCUCCUGCUUUCCCCAGCCCCCCAUUUACGGCUUCGGCCGUCACCAAUGCUUCAGCAGGCAGCAGCUCUGACACUGUACCUAUGGACACUACACCUCCUUCCCAGGCUGUCAUUUUCCAUUCGGCUCCUGCUUUCCCCAGCCCCCCAUUUACGGCUUCGGCCGUCACCAGUGCUUCAGCAGGCAGCAGCUCUGACACUGUACCUAUGGACACCACACCUCCUUCCCAGGCUGUCAUUUUCCAGUCUGCCCCUGUCUCCAGGCAGAACCAAAAGACAUUUCACAGGGCUGUUCCUAGUUCUGGGAACACACCACCCAGUGGUAGCAAUGUCUCAGCCCAUGCCUCGACUCAUUUACCUGCAACGCCGGCCAACAGAUAG